AUCGUUCGAAAAUCGUGCCGGCUACCUUCUUUCCAUCGCCAUGCUUUUCUUCCUCUGAUCCUCCUGUCCUGUUCUCUCGGGUGUGGCGCUGGAUUUCCCUCCUUGCUCGCCCCUGUCAGCAAUUCAGCCCAUGUCUCCUGAGCACUUGACGUCUCUGUCCCUGCGCCAUGAUUCGGGUCACUCGAACCUUCGCGCUAGCGGCGUUCUUACUCCUAACCUCUGCCUUGGCAGAUGAAGGGCCGUAUUAUGCCUCCGAUUUGUAUGAGAAGGGUCGGAUGGGACAAUGGCCCAUUGAGACCUACCGUUCGACUUCCACUGUAGGUGCAGCCGUCAAUUUCAUGGAAUAUAACCCCCAAUGCAGAGACGACCAAUAUUAUUUCAUCUCUCCCCGCGGGUAUAGCGUCCAUAAGCCCGGGCCGAUGAUCCUAGACCAGGACGGCCAUUUGGUCUGGACAAAACCCCUCGGGCAUACCUACAAUCUUAAUGUCUAUCAAUACAAGGGCCAGGAUUACCUGACGUUCUGGCUGGGCGACGAUAGCAAGGUGGGACACGGGGAGGGGACAUAUUACAUGCUGGACUCGUCCUAUAAAGAGGUUUAUACCCUCGGUGGCGCAAAUGGCCUGGCAGCUGAUCUCCACGAGUUCCAUAUCACCCUCGAUGAGACUGCAGUGUACACAAUCUAUGACGUUCGCCCUGCCGAUAUUCGCCUCGCAGGCGGUCCUGAGAAUGGCUGGAUUUGGGAUGGCACAUUCCAAGAAGUCGAUAUCGAGACGAAUCAACUUCUCUUCGAGUGGCGAGCAUCGGAGCACUUUAGCUUCACCGACGUCUAUCGAGGUCUCGACGAUACGGGUGAUAGCGAGGAACAUCCAUGGGACUUCUUCCACAUCAACAGCGUCGAUAAGGACGCAAAGGGAAAUUUCCUGGUUUCAACCCGCUACGGUAACUGCCUGCUCUACAUCGACGGGCGCACUGGCGAGACUAUCUGGACGCUGGGCGGCAAGCACAACAACUUCACAGAUCUCUCGGGCGGCGCAGCCACCAAUUUCACCUGGCAGCAUCACGCUCGCUUCCGCGACAACGGGACAGCGAUCACCCUUUUCGACAAUUCCUCUCGUGGCAGAGGUGCUCCCUCACUACCGAGCCGAGGCCUCUACCUCGACCUCGAUCAAGAGAAUAUGACUGUCCAAGUCCGACAUGAGUACUGGAAUUCGCACCCUAUACGCAGUCAAUCCCAGGGCUCCGUCCAGAUUCUCGACAGCGGCAACGUCCUCGUCGGCUAUGGCUACAGUGCCGCAUGGACCGAAUUCACCAUAGACGGCGACGUUGUGUGCCACGCGCAUUUUGCACCCGGACGGGAUUUCAGUAGAGGCAAGGUCGUCUCCUUCCGCACGUUCAAACACCCCUGGGUCGGCAACCCCAACACUAGGCCCGACUUCGAGGUAUACAGCUAUCACGCCGCAGUCAGCUGGAACGGCGCCACCGAAGUCACAACCUGGGCCCUGGAAGGCACUGAUAGCAAGAAAUCAACCGACUUCAGCUUCAUCACCGCCGUUCCCAAAGACGGCUUCGAAACCGUCAUUCCCAUCCCUGAAGACACAAAGCACCACUUCCUCCGCGCCCUCGCAUUAAACUCAACCGGUCACACCCUUGCCUCAACCAAGCUUGCAAGAUGGGACCCCUUCGCCGAAGAAGCAGUCGUAGUCAGCGGCGACAGUGAUGAUGACGACGAUGACACCGAACCCUUUUACAAACUCCGCACGUUCUUGUUUGUUCUGAUCGGCUGCUUCUCGGCCGGUGUACUGGCCACCGGUGCAUGGUUCGGAAAACGCCUUCUCGCGUCUCGGAGGGCGAGCCAAAGUCCCAGCGAUAAAGAACGAGGCGUGUUCAAGCCCUUGAGUCGAUUCAGUGUCAGUGAGGAUUCGAAUGAUGCGGACGCGGAAGAUGGCGUGGAGUUUUCCGCCCUAUUAGGAGACAGGAGAAUGAAUUCCCGAUCGGAUUUGGAGACAGGGAAGGGUAUGGACGAGGAUUGUCGAUGAUAACGAGACUUUAGUCUAUCAUGCAAGCAUGCUUAGAGCAUGUCUGCUGUUGGGCGUCUCAAUGUACUAGUAGUAGCAUAUCCUCCGUGCAUAGAUGGCAUUAUUCAGCUUCAGCG